AUGUCUCCUCCGGCUCCUCCACCGCUGAGCUUAGAUGGCCCUGACCGCGUGUCACCGAGCUCGUCAAGAAAUGUCAACGACAGCGUACCGGAUGCUAAUCCUGCACCAGGCUCGACACAAGACCAAACUCCAGCCGACGAUGAGGUCGAAGCCGCAACUUUAGACCUCGCAGAGCCAGCACUACCUCCUGCUGUUCGCUUGCCAAUAGAUCUCCCACCUCCACCACGUAGGCCAGCCAAUCGAGAGGAUGCUAUGAUGGACGAUGCUUUGCGAUCUCUCCCGCCAGCUGCAGAACGUCAACAAUACCGUCAGCGUGCACCUGCUACCGUGCUCUCCGUAUUCAACGCUUCCAUCUUUACUGCCGGCCCGCCCACCUCCUCUUCUCAGCAUGCCCAGUCGUCCACCUAUCCACCUCCUGCUCCGGGUUCGAUCUCUGCUCCACCUCAUCUGCAUCGAACAAUCACUUCUUCCAGUACCAGAAGCAUGCGCUCCGCUGACAGCAGCUCGCAAACUUCGCACCGUCAUCAAAGGCCCAACCCGCUUCGAAAUGCGUUCAGCAGAGUCGCCAGUCUGGCCGGCCCUUCUACUUCAGCACCCAAUACGAAUCCCACGUCACCUGCGCUCAACGCUCGACGUUCCUCCAUGUUUCAUGCUUCGUCCGUGCAAAAGUCCAAGGAGGCGCGCAGAGCCGCUCGACGAGAAGCGAGAAGAGCAGAAAGACGCGCACGCCGAGAACGAGAGGCUGAUCCGCAUCUUGCCGAUAACGAACAUGACCACUUCCAAGAUCGCACGCCUGCUACCUCAUCCAGGGCGGCGCAGCUUGGCGACGAAAUCAUCGAGCUUCCCGCAGAGCCUCCCCUCGACGUCCCAGAAGCAAACGCCCCCACCGCAGACGCGCUUGCCUUGGCUUCCAAAGUCGGACGCAAGCCCAAGCGAAAGCUUCAGUUCGCUCCAGAUCAGAGGCGCAUUCGCAAAGUCGACCUACCACCAAGCUUUGAAGCCGAAGAUACCUACAGAAAUCUCGACGAAUACGUUGCAGCCUCCCGCACCCGCCGUCGCACGCAACGAGGUCGUCGAAGCAGAGCCUCACGCAGAUCCCGCUCACGUCGCGGCUCUCGUAGUAGCCGCGGCAGUCGUAGUUCGGCACGCAGCAGUGCGGAUUCAAGCAGCUCAAGCAGUUCCUCUUCCUCCUCUUCCUCGUCAUCUUCGUCCAGCUCAUCAAGCUCCUCUAGCUCCAGCUCCGGUCGUGGUAUCACCAUUGCCCGUCUACGUGCCUUCUUCGGCGAUGGUUCCAGCUCUUCAUCUAGCUCAAGCUCGGGCAGUUCUUCUUCUGGCUCGUCGUCUUCCUCGUCUUCCUCAUCAUCCUCGUCCGACAACGAGUCGAUAACAACCGAUGGCACGAGGUCCAGGCGUUCUUCUCGUCGCCUCUCGCUUUCAGGCAAGCGAGCCAAGUCUCGUCGUAGCAGAGGGACACGCUCAAGGGGUGAUCAGUCCGACGCAAGUGAUCUACCCGGUUCGCCCAUCUCCAGCCGCAGAGGUCCCCUCACUCCUUACUUUGGCCCUCUGUCAGACUUUCCUCUCGGUAAGAAAGCUACGGGAAGGCGACAGAACAAGAAGGCGAGACAGGCUGCAAAGCGUGCCAAGAAGCGCGAAGAGGAGCUCAUUCGCCAGGGUCGACUGCCCCCUAAACCAAGUCGAAGCGCUCGUGCAAAAGCAUUGCGCGCAAAGGAGCUGGCAGGAGGCAUUACCGAGUAUCAGCUCUUCACACCCAUGCGCCUACCCAUGGACUUAGCAUGCACGACCCUCCCUACUCUAGAAGCUACUCCGGAUCCGCAGGUUGGCACUUCGGCUGUGCUCAAGAAGACGAUGAGAACUCAGAGCUGGGACCAGGUCCGCAAUCAGCUUUACGUGCUUCGCAACUAUCUGCGACAAGUUGACUCACAAGGUGGUGACAUCAGUCUCGACCCGCGAGCGGCUUAUCCGGCACUGCACCGUCAUCACAGACACGCGGCGAAAGCUGCCGCCGAGAAAGCAUCUCAUCAUCGAGCCAAGAGGGCGCAAGCCAGAGAUGCCAAGGCCACGCGUCACACUGAAAAGACCUCGAUACCUGAACCCGUCCCAGAAGCCGCACAAGAAGGGCUUGACUUCUUUGGUGGUGAUCUGGCCUUGCCUCCUCCUGCUCUUGACCUGCCUGAAGGGUCAACAGAGCCAGCUGCCGUAUCCCAAACUGCAGAGCCCGCAAGCGCGGCAGUCUCUACGAAUGGCUCCUCACCUGUAAAAGAGCAACCGCAGCCAACAUACUACAGCUUCAACCAGAGCCUUCCGACUGACCAGGAUGAGGAGACACGAACGGGUCGUCACUUGUCUGACAUGCCCCUGAGUCCCAACUAUGCGACUGCGUUCGGCAUGAACUUCGGUCGGGCACCGCCUUCCUUCUCGCCCGCUCGAAGCUCUGGGAAGAAGGAUGGAGAGCAGACUUUGAAAGAUCCACCAUCCGCUGGUGCGGGCGAAAGCCAGUUCAACUUCAGCAAGACACCUUCAGACGGGAAUCAGAGCAAGGCUGCCGCCUCAGCGACAACAGCCGACCAUUCAGACGAAGGUGCAUGGUGGCUCCACGUGCACUGUCCUACCUACAAGGACAUGCACGAGAUCUCCAAACUUUUUCCGAUGCACCCGCUUACGGUUGAGGACGUGUUGCAGCAAGAUCCGCGCGAAAAGGUCGACGUUUUUGACCGGCUCGGAUACUACUUUGUUGUGAUCCGAGCUAUCGAUGAGCGAUACUUCCGAUACACGUCGACAACGACAAAGAGUUCGCCCGGCUCACCGAACUACACGGGAUCUUCGACUUCCAAUGUCACUGUGCAGGGUGAGGCCGAGUCAAAGACCAAAAGGAGCGAAGACACGAACUCAAAAGAGGAGAGCAUCGAGAUGCACGAGAUCACUGGUACAGAAAAAGUCUCCGGCGCCCGAGAUGCCGAGACAAAAGAACGGAAUGAUGGCCACAAUGCACGCUUGGCGGCCCCAGCUCGCCUUGGCAAGGGUCGAGUCGAAAUCGUCGAAGGUAUUGGAGGUAAAGAAGGUCUAGAAGGUGUCAGCGUUGGUGCCAAUAACCUUUACCUUCUUGUUUUCUCUCACGGUGUCAUCUCCUUCGCUUUCGAAGACGUCAGCAAGCACAUUGAUCGUGUAGCUGCUCGUCUUCUCGAGAUCACGCGCCCUGUCGAGUUGACAGCUGACUGGGUUGCUCACGAUCUGUACGAUUCCGUCGUCGACGCUUUCUUCCCGCUCAUCUCUUUCGUCCAGUCUGAAGUUGUUGAAGUGGAAGAGUUGGCUAGCGAACACCCAACCCUGAAUAGCCGUCGCAAUCGUCGCAAGCUCAAUAACUUUGCUCCCAAGCAAAGACGUCAGCGUGCCCUUCUCGGCUCCAAUCCCGAAGGCCGACUGAUCAGUGUAGAGCCUGUGUCUGUCGGGUCUUUUCCAAAGUCGUCUGAAGUGGAGAAAAGGACGCCGAUGCUAGAAGUGCGACGACUGAAGACAGUGCGAGCAUUGCAUUUGCUACCCGUUCUCCAUUUACCCGAUCGCCUUCUGGACCGUCUGCCUCGAUUCUUUGUCAAGCAGAAGCAGAAAGUGACCAUCUCCCGUCUGCCCGAAUGGGAAUUCAAAGACUCUCUCGAAGCAGAAAUGCGACGCACUGCUGCCGAAAUCGACGAAGCCAGCAACUCCAUUUUUGACACACAAGCAGCCGCCGAUCAAUCCAUCAUGCUUCACCGUAUCGCCGACACUCGUAAGAUUGUCACUGGUCUCUCGCGUCUUCUCGGACCCAAAAACGACGCCGUCAAAGGUCUCCGAAAACGUCUCACAGACAUGCAGCAACUUCAGCGACAACAAGAAGCUCUACUACGUAUUGGUGGGAACGCAAGAAACAUGUUGGCAAGAACAGAAGUAUCUAUGUACAUGUCCGAUGUACACGAUCACAUCAUCUCAAUGCUCAACCAGCUUAAUUCUGGCGAAGGAAGGUUGUCGGAGAUUCACCAUACGUAUUUGGCGCAGAUUACGAUAGAGAAUCAAAAGUUCAGACACGGGGCGGAUUCGGCGAUUCUCUUGCUGGCAACGAUCGGUUUGUCAGUGUUUAUUGCAGUGUUCAUGACGAGUAUUUUCAGUGUCAACGUGAAUAGGCCAGGGAACAGGUUGGAGUCGAAGGAAUAUGCUUGGUUCAUCGGGAUUGCUUUGACCGCUGUGGUGGUGCCAAUGGUGGUUUAUGCGUAUGUAAAGUAUUUGUGGAAGAUGAGUAAGAGGGGGGUGGCGAAGAGAAGAGCUGCUCGUUAG